AUGCCGAAAGAGAAGUACCACACUCAUCUAGCCGUGCUGUACUUGGACCAGGUCCUGAAGAUGAAGGCUAGUCCAGACACAGUACCUCGAUUAGACCUGGACCUGGCUCGGUCCAAGCUGCGGCAUUUACUCCAGGACUCUUCCAUCUAUCGGGUCCAGCUCAUCCUGGGGAAGGUCAAGGAGACGGAUAUGUACGCAGAAUGUGCAAUACUCUAUGGAAAGCUCGAGGAGCACGACAAAGCUCUUCGGAUCCUGGUUCACAAACUCCAGGACUACGGAGCAGCAGAGAACUACUGUGUGGUUAAUUCCAAGGACCAGGACCAGGCCUACAGGAGGAGACUGUUCCAGCUCCUACUCACUGUGUACCUGGACCCGAUGGAAGGUAAAAAGGAUUCUCUUCUUGCUCCUGCUAUGAAUCUACUGAACAGUCCGGACGCUGAUUUUGACACAGUCAGGGUUCUGCAACUUUUACCCGAGACCUGGUCCGUCGGUCUCAUCUCUCGCUUCCUCUCCGAGGCGAUCCGCUCCAGCACUCACGGCAGCCGAAUGUCCCGCGUGGAACACACCCUGACCCGGAGCGAGAACCUACACCUACGAAGCGAGAUCGUCCACAACAGCCGCUGCCUCAUUCCAAUGAACGAGGAUCAGACGUGUCAAGUCUGCCAGAGGCCGUUCAGCGAGCCAACGUUUGUGCGGUAUCCGAACGGGGUCAUCACGCAUACGCAGUGCGCGAGGAAUAAAGCGGUGUGUCCGGUGACGGGAAGGCUGUUCAGUACGCGGAAGGAGUCGACGUGAUGAAGGUUGACCCGAUACAAGUGCUCUGUGAGACUGUGAACUCUGAAUGUUCCACUUUGUAGGUUAGGAGGAUUUUAUUUUGCACAAAUGGUCAGGAGUUUUCACUGUUUUAAGCUUUUAAAAGAACUCUUUUAAGCUUUUAAAACUGUUCAAAGCUUUUAAAAUUCCUGCAUCAUAUUGACUUGGAACAAAUUUGUCAGCAAAAAUUGCCGAUAAGAUGCUUGGGUCAGCAGAUAUUAUUCAACACCAGAGCUCAACACAAACUGCCGAAAGUAUAUCAUAUUUUCUAGUUCAAUAUUGGACUUCAACAACCAAUAUGUCCUUUCUUAGUUCUAUGUAUAAAUUUAGAUAUUGGUAUAGGCUUAUUAUAGAUAAAAUUUACAAAAUUCCAAUGUUAUGAACAUUGAAAAUUGGCAUUCUAGAUGACCAGAUGUAAGUUUCUUUAUGUAAAUAUUAUUAACAGUAAUCACAUCAAAGUGCAAUUGAUACAUGCAUUUUAGUGAAAAAUGUGUGUAUUUACAAGUUUCUUGACCAGACUAUUUUCAUAAAUUAUAAAACGCGUUAUUUUUUAGUACCGGUAUAUUUAAAUGUGUUAUCAAGAAUAACCAACUACCUUUGACUUGAAAGUCAAAGUCUGAUAAUUCGGUGGAUUCACAAUACGGUGCGCCACUUAUCGGUUGUAAGGGACAGGCCAAAAUUUGCAAUGCAUCAUGGUAAAAAGUCGACAUCUGUUGAGCACGCACUAGUGCAUGUAUGUGAUUAUGCUGCGGUGGCCGACGUGGCUUGGCUGGCGUGCAUGAUAUUAUGCUGCUUACCAGGAUCCAAUAGGUGGGAGAGAAAUUUGCUGCAUAUUUAGACCGUUUUUGGUGAAUUCUUCCUCUGCUUUUGCCAUAUGGUUUUCGUUUUUGAAGCAUCGCAGUCACAUUACAGUACACUAGCACCUUGCGCUGCCUCCACCUGUUGACCCCAUAGUUGGAAAUUGGCCUGUACGUUGCAACCAAUAGAUGGUGCACCGUAUUGUGAAACCACCGAAUAAGCAGGCCUGGUGAUGGGAAAUCAUAUGAUCAAAAAUGGACUUUAAAAAAAUACAGUCAAUGAUUUUUACUUGCUAUUAAACCUUCCAACAUUUUUGCAUCUGACUUGCUCAGAGCAAUUUUUUUUCAUUGAAAAAUAACUGACAUUGUUCCAUGAAACACUUAACAGAUUUCUAUAUGUUUUGAAAUACAUACAUGUAUGGGUUUUUUUUUUCAAAUGAGAAAAAAAACCUUUGAGCCCAUUGUUUAUUUUCUUUUCCUCUUAACCCUUUGAACCUGAACCACGAACGCGCAUGUACCCUAAAAGCCGGAAUACCGGCUUCAAGUCAUGUGAUUAAAAAAGCAAGAGUUUUAGAUAUCAGGUGACCUUCUAAAAAUGUCAUUUUAGAGAUAUUCAGUGGAUAACUUCAAUUUGUAAUUUCGUCAACGAUUGGCUUUCAUUUGUAAGGUUUUAGCACAAAAAAUGACCCAAAUAUACUACCCUACAAAGGAGGCUCGUGCGAUAAUACAUGGCAAGUCGUAUAUGGACUAUGCGUAAGCUAUUUAUAAAUAUUAAUUCCGUCAAACCAAUGAUUUUGAGACAAAAUUUGAGAUUAUUGUUUGUACGAUAAGCUGCACAACAUCAGCUGGGCCAGCAGACCUGCCAACCAGUAUGUUUUUGGCGUAUUUAGUACGUUUUUGCAACCAAAAUACGGCAGUACGUAAAAAACAUGUUUAAAUGUUUGUUUUUUUCAUCUGCAAGAGCAGUGCGCAUUUUAGCUUGCAUGCAGCUUGAGCGCAGCGAUGAGCGAGUGUGCCACACAUUUUAUUAUGAAAUACACUUUUUGGGGAAAAAUACACAUUUUUAUCACAGAAUACAAUUUUUCAUUCCCAGAGGUUGGCAGGUCUGGGCCAGGUCAGGUACCGGUACCAGCGGAGUAAGGUGCUGCUGGCAUGGUUGGACUUGAAUCAUGAGAAUAGGAGAUCAUUUAUUUCAAAUGUCAUGUUUUUCUUCAUUUGCCGAUAAUCUUGAUAUCUGCAAAUAAUGCAGGGUAAGGGUCAUGACCAUCCUAAACAAUUCAGGGUUCAAAGGGUUAAUAUAUACUGGAAUAGGAAAGAAAUAUAUUGGGGGAUUAAAAAGAUGUACUUAAUGGAUGGGAAAGCGGUGUAGAUUACCAACUUAUUCAUAUUUAAUAUCUAAGACCCAAAUUCACAAAAGACGUUUAAACGGCUGCAUAGUUUUUUUUAAGUGUGUUAACACUGAUAAUAAUCCAAUAAUGGAGGAUGUGCAGGUGCGCACUUGGGGAACUCGUGCACAUCAUUUGUAACCUACCAUCCCACAACCAAUAAGUCGCCAGGUAAGGUUUUCUGCAAAAAGCGAAAAUAGUAAUUCAGUCUCCAAAUACCAAAAAUAUGCUUAGCUGCAAGAGCAAUUUUUCUUCUUCAUACUUAAAAAAUUUGAGGUAAUGAAAUUGAAUAAAAGAAAGGAUACAAGAGAUUUUUGGACACUUUGGAAGUUUCCAAGAUUACAGUGUGGAGAUCUUAUGCUUGAGUGAACCCCAAACUUCAAACCUUGUUUUCUCCCUAUCUUUUGCAACUCUCGCUGAGUUUCCUCUGCAUUCAAUCAAGUACUUGUGAUGGUUAUUGUUGGUCAAUGUUAACAAAUUAUAUAUCAUUUUUAAAGCUUAGGAAGUGAAUUUUUCAAGCUCCAUAAAUAUCUCGAUAUUCAUUUUGGUCGACUACUUGUUGGUUUGGGGAAGGCAGGUCACAGUUAGUGAACUUGAAAAUAUAUGAGUGGGUUUUGUACCCUCUUAGUGUAACCUCUUUUGUUAAUUUGGGUCCUAAAUUUAUUGUUCAAUUAUUUUGUUUUCCAUGCAACUCAUACAUAGAAAUGUAUCUUAUGUUUAGAUGUUAAUACAUAUAUUUAUACUACUUGGGAAUAUGGGGUUCUUUACAGAAUGUGGAGGAAUACUUCAUUUAAAGAAUUAUGUCUAAAUAAAUGACAAAGACUAUA